UUUUUUUCUAGUUUAUACCGAUUCAAACCCCUAUAAACUUUGACCUUGAGAUAAUAAAGCUCAUUCAAAAGUCUCACAUGAGUUCGUGGUCAGUUGGCAUUAUCCUAGUGCCUUAACCUUUUCUUCUUAUGUUGUUUUGAAUAUAUGAAAGAACCAAAAGUCAAAGGUUAACGAAGACACAUUUCAUAUUGUUGUUAAUCCAAAAUUUCCAUUGAAAUAAGUUAUUUAAAUAACUCAUCAAAUAUUUAUUUAAUAAGUCAGCAAUGAAUGUCAAUAUGACGAUUGUGAAGUGCAAGAAAUAUAAGUAUCAAAAACAAAUGAUCAUGGAGAGAUAAUUUGCUCAACUAAUAAGUCAUUUUUAGCUUCAUUUCAAAAUAGUAUUGUUUUUGAUAUUCAGAUUUUAAAUACUUCUUGAUCAGUGGCGCUGUUUAUAUAAGGCUUUUUUUAACUUUCGGUUGAGGAUGCCACAGGUAUCUAAAGUUUGACAAUGCCUUAACCAGUAACAUCUACCAUAAAUCUUGCCCACUUAGUAAAGUCAGAAGUCGAGAGGGUUCGGAGAUAUAUUUGAUAGGCUAUCAAUAUAUUGAGGAUCGUCUGCUCUAAGCUGACUAGUGAUUGCAGGAGAAGUUGAACACGGCGUUUCCAUCCGUGAUUUGGUGCGGAUGCAUGACCGAGCGCUUUUAGCUAGAUUCAAUCGUACAAUCUAUCCAAUAAAAAACAAACAAUCAAAUAUAUAUGCAUUAAAUAGUAUGCUGGCAACAAUGGAUGAAGCUAACAAGGAAUUAAUUAAUAAUAUACCACAUUCAAGGGUAAAAACAAGACCAUCUGGAAAAUGUACAUUAGCUAGGAAACGUUUAAAACAAGUGUUUAAUAUGAGAAAAUAUUAUUUAUCAGUUAUUGGACUGACAGGUUUUGAAGCAUUAUUAGUAUUAUGUCGAGUAAUACUGGAAACAGAAUCAUUACGUUUACCUCCUGGAAAUAGUCAACGAUUAAUUUUAGAAGGUCAAUUAGCAUUAGAAUGUUUAAGUUUAUUUACAUUAUCAUUAUUUAUUAUGGAAGUACCAUUUAAAAUAUGGGCUAUGGGUAUUCGUCAAUGGGGUCAUCAAUUAUUAUUCAUUAUAGAUGGUCUUAUAUGUGCUGUAUGUUUUUCAUUAGAUAUAUAUAAUAUAUAUCGACAUUCUAAUCGACCAUCAAGAAUGAUAAAUUCAUCGAAAGUAUUAGAAUUAUGUAAUUAUUUACAUAUUACAUUACAAGCAGAUACAGCUUCAACAUUUGCUGAAAUCUUUGGUCUUCUCAUUGUUUAUAGAUUAUGGUAUAUUAGAAGAUUUAUAAGAAAAACCAUAUUUAUUAAAAAUAAACAAUUAAUGAAACAAAUUCAAGAACUUCAACAAGUUUGUAAUGAAUCUGAUCAACGUAUUAAUCAAUUAGAAACUAUAUUACAUGAACAAAUAGAUCGUAAAGAUAAUCAACGACCUAUAUCUAAUGUAACCUCAGAUAAUAAACAAGGACAACAACAAACAAGACCAAUAUCAAAAGUCAAUUAUUCAAAUCGUCCUAUACCACCACGACAACAAUUUUCCAAUACAGAACGUUAAUCAAUAUUUACAUAUCUAUAUAUGUUUUAGGUUGUCAAUGAAAUUCUUACCAAACUAAUGAUUACACUAAACAUACUUUGUUUUGUUUUUUUGGCAUCAUAUCUGUACUACUUCAUUUCAGUAGUAUAAAUAAGCUCUACUAAAAUAAAACGAUAUAGAAUUGAAUCUUCAUUUAGAAAGCUUAUAGAAGAUUAUAUAUUGUAUUAGUUCUAACCUUAUGAUUUAUAAUGGUUUGUAUAAUAUGUCUACAAUAAUCAAAGUCUAUUCUUAUAUAAUAAUUUGCUAGUAUUUGGAUUUUAAUGUAUUUAUUUAUUUAUUUAAACACA